AUGAUCCCGCAGCCCUCAUCAUCUGGCGCCCACUCUGGCAUCAAAUUUUCCGAUCAAGGAUACCGAAUAGUCAGAAAGCGAAAUCGAGUCCCCAUAAACUGUUAUCAAUGUCGUAGUCGCAAGAAAUGUGACAGGAAGCGCCCAUGUGACAAUUGUGUCAGACGUGAGGGUGCAGAUGACAAUCCAUGCUUCUACGGAACUUCUGGUAGGAGAGCAGACGAUGAAAGUGCAAAUCGCACAACCGUUGCUGAGAUGCAGAUUCAAAUUGACCGCCUAGAGAAUCUCGUCCUGUGUCUUGCCCAAGGAGGCGCAAACGUUGGUAUGUCGACGACUACAGAUCGCCCGACACAAUCCACGGAUCCAAAUUCUGGCGAUAGCAUAGCUCCGGGCUCUGUCGAGGUCAACGACGAUGUGAAUAGUAAUUUGGCCAGCUCAGUUGGUGUUCUCAAUCUCGAUUCGGAUGGAGGAAAGUCCAUGUAUGUCGGUCAAGAGCAUUGGGACAUAAUUUUGUCGGAUAUUGAAGAGGUUAAGGCUUUCUUUGCCAGCCACAAGAAAGAUUUGGAAAAGAGUUACGAGAGGGUCGAGCGCUCAGAACCAUCAAAUGCUAGAGAAGGUCCAGUCCUACUACUUGGGUGUACAACCGCAACAGACUCGGAGCUAAGGUCCGGGCUGCCAGCUCAAUCGGUCGUCCUCGCUCUGUGCUCCAGAUACUUCGACUGGGUGGGUGGCAGUGUCAACAUCAUCCACCCACAAACGUUCUACCUCCAGCUACAAGCCCAUCGCCGAGAACCCUCCAAGACCCCCCUCAUGUGGCUAGGACUGCUCUACUCGGUCCUGUGCAAUGCGAUGUUGAAUUACCACGACGUUGGAGACGAGCCGCCUGUGUAUAAAGGGCAGACUAUGAUAAUGGCGAGAGAGUUCCGACUACGGACUGUUCAAUGUCUGAUCACGGCUGACUACACGAAUCCGGUAGAGCAUACAUUAGAGACAAUGUUGCUGUACUGCUUUGGGGAAUUUUUUUUCCGGCCGAACACUCAUAUGGGGCUUUGGUUAGUCGCUUCAAUGGCGACAAGGAUUGCGUUUCGAAUGGGAUAUCACCGUGAUGCGAAGUGGUUCUCAUCACUGACGCCAUUCCAAGCUGAAAUGAGACGCCGAACGUGGGCCCUCACUAGACUAGCCGAUAUCAUGUUCUCUCAUCUAGUGUCGUUGCCCAACACCAUCAAAGACCACGAGUGCGACACAGAGUUCCCGAGUAACAUCUACGACGAGGAAUUCGGACCUAAAUCUGAUGUUCUGCCUCCGUCUCAUCCGAUAAAUGAGCCUACACCUAUUUCGUAUGUGAUCACCAAGGUUAGGUUUUAUGUCAAGAUGAGUGAGAUUAUACAAGCUACAAAUAGAGUGGGAGGUCACGUAUCAUACAACGAUAUCCUGGACAUGGACGAACAGAUCUGUCGCUUAUAUGCUGCUAUUCCUCCUCACUUACAGGGAGCAGUCGUACAAGGACCCUUCGAAUCAGUUACAACAAUUAUCGCAAGAUUCAACAUUAAUUCGUUGUAUCAGAAGAUUGUAUGCUUGCUGCACAAGAAAUAUAUGCUACACGCACAACACAAUAUUCAAUAUUCCCACUCGCGCCGAAGAGCCGUGGAAGCUGCGUCCCAGACUUUGCGGCACUUGGUAUCUUUGCACCGCGAAUCCCAACCUGGUGGCGCCCUAGGAUCUCAUCCGCGGUUCGUACAUUCCAUAUCUCCCAAGGACUUUCUUCUCUGCGCCAUGAUCAUAGCGCUCGAUCUCCACCAUGAUCAAUUGGAGGCAGCUGAUAACUCUGUCGGUGCUACAACGACUCAGCCUUUCUGGACGAUAGAACAAAAGGUGGAGAUGAUAGACACAUUGGAAACCAUCAAGGACAUAUGGAAGGAGCUCGCAUCUGCAGAAGCCUCUAAGGCGUCCAAGGUUCUUGAGAUUAUAUUGAACAAACUCAAGAGUCCAAGCCAUGCGCCGAUUGGAGAUGCCAAUGCCAACCACAACAGAAAUUCGAAUCUCCGAGGAGAUCUUGAAGCUGCUUGGACCUCGAACAGACCAUUCAAGGGCUCAGAAUUCAAUACAGCCACCGCGAACGAGAUUUCAGAGCCUUUGGACACCUUUGGUCACCAGAACAUGUCCAAUGUGAGUAUGAUGCCGAAUACCAACAUAAGCGAGAUUGGAAACAUUGGCUCUGAACCUGCAUUCUCGAUGCUCACAGACUGGGACUUAGGCGACGAGUCUUUUGAAAACCUGAAUUGGGUGAGUUUGAACAAAAAUCUGACGCACGUGUUGCUAAAAGCGAUCUAG